AUGUGGUUGUACCGUUGUCCGUCAGCGUUUAUAGCUUUUUUGUGCAUAUUACCUUAUGCGUUAUGCGACUACAAACUGACUUUACUUCACACAAAUGACGUACAUGCAAGGUUUGAAGAAACCGAUGUCAAUUCGGGGUCUUGUGACGAAUCUGAGAAAGCUGCCGGGGAGUGUUAUGCCGGUGUGUCUCGUCGAAUGACUGAAGUGGAAAGAAUACGAGAACGUGAUGAAAAUGUACUGCUAUUAGACGCUGGUGAUGAAUACCAAGGUACCAUGUGGUUCUUUGUUUACAAAGGCAAGGCUACGUCACACUUUAUGAACUGGCUUGACUACGAUGCUAUGGCAAUUGGAAAUCACGAGUUUGACAAUGGAAUUGAUGGUCUCACGCCUUUUCUAGACAAUGUAACCUUCCCUGUAUUGAGUGCAAACAUCGAUGAUACUGAUGAACCAAGCAUACAAGGCAAAUACAGCAAGUCUACUGUACUGACAAGGGGGAAUGAGAAAAUUGCUAUUAUUGGGUACACAACAACUGAAACACCGGUAAUUUCUAGUCCUGGUAAAUUGAAGUUUUUAAAUGAAGUCGAUGCCAUACAGCAAGAGUUGAACCGACUGAAGAAUGAAGAUCCAACCAUCAAUAAGUUCAUUGCUCUAGGCCAUAGUGGAAUUGUUGUUGAUAUCGAAAUUGCUAACAAGGUUGUAGGCAUUGACGUUGUUAUUGGUGGGCACUCCAAUACGUUUUUGUAUACUGGGGUUCCUCCAUCAACAGAGGUUCCUAUGGACGAAUAUCCUAUAUUAAUCCACCCACCUCAUGAUAGUAAUCUUGAUGUUCUUGUUGUACAAGACUAUGCCUAUGGAAAAUAUCUUGGAGAAUUGGAAGUGACUUUUGACGACGACGGCAAUUUAAUUGGUUGGCAUGGAAACCCAAUACUAUUAGACAAUAGCACAGCAGAAGACCCAGAUACAUUGAGUGAAAUUAUGAAAUGGACACAGCCGCUGGAAGAAUACAGAUACAACAUAAUAGGACGAACAAACGUGAAUUUAAUUGGUGAUCGAAUGGUGUGCCGAUUAGAGGAGUGCAACAUGGGUAAUAUGGUAACAGAUGCUGUUAUACAUGAAAAUAUAAAGUACCCGGAUGAAGUCAAAUGGAACCACGUUUCCAUGGCAAUUUGGAAUAGUGGCGGAAUAAGAGCUUCCCUUGAAAUAGGUGAUAUUACUGUGGCCGAAUUAAUGACUGUAUUUCCGUUUGGUAACACUGUUGAUAUAAUAGUGCUGAAAGGAGAACAUUUACUUGGAGCAUUAGAACAUUCUGUACAUAGAUAUAGUGCAAUUCAAGCGCAUGGAGAAUUUCUUCAAAUGUCAGGGAUACGAGUCGAGUAUGACAUCACUAGACCAUCUGGAGAUCGGGUUGUCGACGUCCAAGUUCAAUGUGUCGAAUGUGAGAACCAUGUUCCCGUAUAUGAACCGCUAGAUUUGAAUAAAGAAUAUGCAGUUAUCACAACAAAUUUUAUUGCAAACGGAGGUGAUGGAUAUGAUGUGAUCAGAGAUAAUAAGAUAGAGCACGAAACAGGCAGCAUGGAACUAGAGGUAAUAGCAGACUAUAUAGAGACAUUAUCGCCUUUAUACAAUGGCCUAGAAUCUCGAAUACAGUUUGCAGACACUAUUAGCGCCGCCGCAUCUUACUACAAAGAAAUGGAUUUGAUGGCAUUCACAGUUUUAGCAGUAUUUACUUAUUUUAUUAAUUAA